AUGGGCCCCUGUACCGCCUCCUCAUGCUGCUGCCAGGCCCCUAAUCUGCCAUGGGCCCCCGUACCGACUCCUCAUGCUGCUGCCAGGCCCGUAAUCUGUCAUGGGCCCCUGUACCGCCUCCUCAUGCUGCUGCCAGGUCCAGAGUGUGUCAUGGGUCCCUGUACGGCCUCCCAUUGCUGCUGUCUCCAUCGCCACACUCUGCCAUGUGCCACUUUCAGGUCUCCUCACACUGCUGAUGGUUUCCAUUUUUGUCAUAGGGUGCUGUAUGGCCUCCCAUUGCUGCUGCCUCCACCGCCACACUGUGGCUCCACACUCUGGUUUUGGCCCCGUGACUGCCCAAAUGAGUGAAUGAAGUGUGCGGUGAUUCUAAGAUCGACGGCACUCAUCUGCAUGUCAUACUGACUGUCAGUAUUAUUUCUCUUCCCCAGCAGACUCCAAGGGCAUUUAAAUUAAAGGUACAGUGUUCUGCACUAAUAUAA